AUGACGACGCCCGGUAUGAUCGAGCUGGAGCAGCGAAAUCGCCUCCCCACGCUCUUCGAGGUCCUCAGCCGUCGGACUCUCGCCCCAGUCGAUCUCUUCUCCUUCUACAUUUACAUGCGCGACCAACAACGCUCUGUUGAUUAUCUUGACUUCUGGCUCGAUGUAUCCCAACAUAUGUCCCUGUGCCGCCAUUAUGUUAGAGAACUGCGACGAUCGGUCCUGGUAGCGACACCAGAUCUUGAAAAGGCCGAGAGCAAGGGGUCUUCGACACCUCUGGAGAACUUUGAGAGUGUGAAUGAUAUCCCACUCGUGGAAGCUGGGCCUUCGGGGCUUCACCAUGGUCUCCGCGAUCUGAACGACAGGGACGCUGAUCAAAGACUGUCUGCCUUCCUUCGCUCGGAUGGCCACUCAUCAAGACACUCUCCACAGAGCAGUUUGGGCUCGCACAACUCUGUAUCCCGCACGAUGUCGAAUAACGAGCAGCCGCGGCCGAGCUUUGCCCACAAGGAGUCAAGCUCACCGGGGCAUACCGUGGCACGUGGGGAUAUCCGUUCUAGCGCAGAGAAGAUACUUUACACGUAUCUACUCCCAGGUGCUGAAAGAGAAAUCGUCUUGCCCGAGGAAAUGGUGUCUGGUAUCAUCAAUCUAGUGGAGGACGAUGGCAGAGAUGACCCGGAAGUAUUUGAUCCGGCAAAGGACUAUGUUUUCCAAGCAAUGGAACGUGAUGCCUUCCCAGGGUUUUUGCAGGCGAAAGCUCUGGGUAACCUUGUUCCACUGUCGAUCAUGGCACGUCUCACAUUCGCCCUCAUCAGUUUCGGUGGGGGUUUCUGGGGUGCGUUUUAUGUGGUGCUACGUGAUAAACCAAGGCACAUUCGUUGCUGGGUUAUUUUACCUUUCAUCAUUGCAGCCUACUUCAUCGUCUCCUACCAAUACAAGAUCGACCCAGUUAUGGCUUUCGUAGGGUACAGCGAGUAUACGUUCAUGAACUGGUCCCCGGUCCGUGAGCCUUAUGUUCGAAAACUGCUAGUGAAGCGAGCUAUCGCCACCAUUUUAAUCGCGGCUCUUGUCGCCGCUGCGCUGAGCAUAUUGUUCAUCCUGGUCCCGGGUACGAUGCUUUAG